UCUAUCCUCCACUCUCCACAUUACACAGCUAUACUCUAACAACAAUGAAUAGCAUCAAAUCCGUGAUUGUGUGUUGCCUCCUGGUGGCCGUCUCCGCCGGUGUAGACCGAAGUAGAGGUGGACAAGGAUCCAACAGAUUCCUUCCUGGAGGCUUCGCUGGGGUCCACGGAGCUGGCCUCUUCGGCGGCGGUUUCAGUGGUGGCGGAAUCCAUGGUGGUGGAAUCCACAGUGGUAGUGGUAUUAACGGAGGUGGAAUCUCUAAUGGCCCAAGCCAAUGCAGAUAUUGGUGCAAGACUCCGGAGGGUCAAGCCUACUGCUGCGAGACGGUGCAUGAACCAGAGACACCUGUUGGUACCAAGCCCCUCAAUUGCCCACAAGUCCGUCCCACAUGCCCACGAUUCCAUGGCCCCCCCAUAACCUGUUCCAACGAUUACAAAUGUGCUGGCCUCGAUAAGUGUUGCUUCGACAGGUGUUUGGGAGAACACGUGUGCAAACCUCCCUCAUUUUUCAAUAAUCAUCUCCCCUUUUAAAGGUGGUUAUUACUAAUAUUAAGUCUUCGGUUUCCUGGUUGAUAACAGAAGAUAAGAAAACUGUGAUUUGUAGAUAUUUAUUUUUGAAUAAUAAAACCUUACACAUUUAUA